UGUGCGGAGCCGUGCCAUCCCAGCACGUGUCCGCCGUGCGCGGUGACCGAGGCGGCGCUGUGCUGGUGCGGCACGACGACGCGCAACGUCCCGUGCAGCGCCAAUGGCGGCGCGGCGCUCGCGCCCGAGAUCCCGUGCGACAGGCCCUGUGGCGCGCGUGCGCGCGCCGUACGCCACCAGUGCACGCGCGUGUGCUACCCCCUCGCGGCGCUCGCGGGCAUGGGCACCGCGAAGGACAAGAGCCGCAAGAGCCGCGGGACCACAGGACAUCGUGGACGAGGGCUG